AUGAUCUCUUCAAUAACAGAAUACAUCAAGAAACACCGUCAAGGCAUUAGUAUAACAGUAUUUAUCGCUGGAAGUUCUUAUUUUAUUGGAAAGUAUGCUAAAUGGAAAAUAGAAGAAUACAGAGACAGAGCUGGAGCUGAAAGAACAGCGAAAGAAAAUAUGAAACGUCGCUUCCAGCAAAGACAGAAUGAUUGCACGUAUACUGUACUCUCCCACCUUCCAACCUUGGGAUACGAACUACUAUCCGCGAUAGACGUUGAGUCUGUCAUUGCCAAACUGCAAGAAUUGAAGGUUAAAUCAACUUCAACACCGGCAGUUUCUCCGAUUUCAUCGGUUGUUAUAGUCGAUGAAGAUAAAGAAACAACACCGACGCAGACGCCGUCGGCUUCGAUUGUUUUAGUUGAGAAACCUGAUAAUACCGAGUCAACAUCAAAUUUAGAAGGUCAUGACAAUGAAGAAAACGCGCCGUCGUCUCAUUCGCCAGGUGAAGCAAAUGUAAAUGGUUCAAGUCCAAGCUCUUCUACUUCUCGUGUGAAUCCUAGAGCUGCAAAACUUGAAUUAUGGAGUGAACUAAAGAUAAAGAGCUUUACUCGAACCAUAUCCACCAUAUACUUAAUCACAUUCCUCACAAUUCUAAUCCAUAUACAAUUAAACCUGCUGGGUCGUUUCAAUUACCUAUACUCGGUGGUAUCACUUACCGAACGCGAAAAAGAGCAAACUAUUCAUAUACAACCGGCCAAAGGAACAAUCCUAAAUUUCGAAAAUGAAAAAAGAUAUCUGACGUUUAGUUGGUGGCUGUUGAAUAUUGGAUGGAAACGUGUUGUUGAACGUGUGAGAAUUGUAGUUGAGAGGAUUCUUUCAGAUAUGAAGAUUGAGCAAGACAUUUCGUACAAGGAUUUUGUAUGGCUCAUUAGUGAGAUUCGAGCACAAGUUGAUUUCCGUCAUGUUAUGUUACCAAAUUCGUUAGAAGAAGAAAUUGAAGUACUCCGACAAGGAGGGGGUGCACAAGAGGAUCCAACAAUUGAUGACGAGCUUAGAAAAUUAUUGGAUGAAUCUAAAGAUUUUUUGGAUAGUGAUGAUUUUCGAGAUGUACUCGCAGCGUGUAUCGAUUCCGCAUUUUCACUAUUACAUAGCAACAUGUAUUCGAGAUUUCUUGCGGUACCAAACAGCGAGGAGGAUGACGACGACUCGGAACAAAUAGAACGCCCGGUCGCACUUGUCCGACUUUUACCUGAUAUCUCUAAAGAGGCGCAUGUUGUGAUCAAUGGUGUGCCUAAUCGAUAUCUGGAGGCUGUAAAAAAUGUUAAACAGUUGCAAGAGCUAUCUGCUGUAAUUUACUCGUCGUUUGAUGAGGAAUUUUUUUGA